UGCUCAUUUUUUGAUGUUCUCGGGGCAUCUUCCAAACUUAUCUUCUCUAUACUAUUGUUGGACUCUUUUGACGAAACGAGGCAAAGUUACUAAACGAACCCUAACUUGCGGUCAUGAAUCACAUAAAAAACCUGUUUGUCUUCCUGACACUGCUGCGCAUAAAGGCCUCAACCUCUCUGGUUCCAAGUGCUCUGUUCAAGUUUUCUAUGUCAGGCCACCGCCUUACAAAGCACGUAGUCAGUGAACGUGGAACAUCGAAUCUUUUGGAGUGUUGUUUAUAUUGCCUCAGAAAACCAUCAGUUUGCAAAUCCAUUAACUACGAAGCAAGACAACACGAACAAAAUUCCAAAAACUGCCAACUAAUCAAUGCCACGAAAUCUACAUGUCCUCAGAACAUAAUGCCUGAUGCGAACUAUGACUAUUAUGAAAUGUUGGAGAAGAGUGAAUACAGCAAAGAAAAACUUGAUGUUUCCGAAAUACCGGCAAAAAGCGAAAAAUGCAGCAAAAUCAAGACAGUUGGUGAACCAAUUGUUGAUCGUCAAUCUGGAUUGACGCAAGGAACAUGGAUGAAAGAUCCUUUAGGGUCACUUAGUGAAGAAAAAAAUUGGUACAUUAAUGGUUAUAAAGAUAAUACUGUGCAGGAAUUUGAAAACUUGGCUCUCUUUAAGGCUGGAACUGUUGCCAAAACCUACAACCUACCAUAUGGCUUUGAUGGCACGGGAUCUGUUGUCUAUGGACGGUAUCUUUAUUAUAAUAGGCAACAAACUGGACAUAUCGUGCAGUACGAUAUGGUUACUGAGACUGUUAUCAAAGAAGCAACAAUUGAUGAAAACAUAAACCCACGUCAAUACUUGUAUGAGUGGGGAGGCUAUAGUGGAAUGGAUAUGUCCAUAGACGAGAACGGCUUGUGGGUUCUUUAUGGUCUUCCGGCAUACAGUGGGAGAUUAUGUGCCACCCACCUAAAUCAUUCGACACUUACCGUCGUGAACACCUUCUGCGACAUUUCAACUGAGCCUAUGACCCGCAUGGGAAACGCAUUCGUAAUCUGUGGAAUUGUUUACAGCAUUGAUAGCUACAGCGAUAGCCAAACAACCAUUAACCACGCCUAUGACACAACCACCAAAACUGCGACCAGCCUAGCCAUUCCGUUUCUUAAUAAGUUUGGUUACAACAGCAUGGUUACUUACAAUCCACGAGAGAAAGUUCUUUACUCGUGGGACUAUGGGCGCCAGAUAACUUAUCCACUAGAAUUUGAAGAUUGAACUUAUCGCAUGUCAUGCAAAACCAUUUAAAUUUGCUAACUUGCACAUGUAACCAAAAUGGUAUUUUGUCGCGGGCUCACAAAUUUUUUUGCACUGCUCUGUAAAUUGGCUUACACUCUCCUAAAUAUCAAUCCAGUUUUUAGUUAUUUUCAUGAUUUCAAGGAAGCUUUUUAAUACUGUUAUGUUGUUCACAAACUGUAUACAAAACCCUACAUGAAAUUUAGCAUUUCUUGACAAUGUUAUAUGUAAUGAAAAUGACGCAUGCAAGUAAUAUAAUAUAUAAUUAUUUACUUAUUGUGCAGUUCGCCUAUGUCUAUCAUACUAGUUCAUAAUUAGGUGCGACAAUUAUGUAGAAGGAAACGCACAUGUACUGUUAUAGUAAUA